AUGGGCGGGGCCAGAUGCAUGAGGGACGGGCGGGAGGGCCGAGUGACAGUGGGAAGGAUGAGGGGCGGAGAAAUGCUGGUGGCGGGGGAGCGGGUGAUUGAGAUGAACGGAGUGGACGAGAGUGAGGUCGCAUCAUGCCAGAAGAAGCACGAAGACUACAGCUACGCGUGGAGCGAGAACAUGGGGGCGGCAUACCGCAACUACAAAGGCGGCCCGCCCGAGUACAGCAACCCCAUCAAGAGGCCGCCUGGCACGGACAACGACGACCACAUUGUCGCGCACUUCGACGACGGCGCAGAGUACGUCGUGCCUGGCAUCACGUGGAAGAAGUGGGAGGACAUGGGCCUCGACAAGCGACAGGGCAAGCCCGCCGAGAAGACGUUUUGGAAGGGCGAGACGACCGACGGCAACAAGGUGACUGCGCUGCGGUACCACAGGGGGCACAAGGCCACGGGCGUGCGAACAGAGUUUCUCGCCAUCUUCGAGGCAACCGACUCUGGUAAGCGUCCAGGUAUGAUAUGUAACAUGACUGUGGUUGAUGUGGCGAAUAUGGCUGCAGAUAUACAGUGGAUCAGCACGCUUGCAGAGAAGUACGCAGCAGGGCACAUUGACAAUGACGAACUGACGGCACAGAAAAACAUCUACUUCGGCAAGGCAAAGAGAGCAUAUGCCAAAUCAACGGGGCCCGUUGCAAAACGUCCAGCUGGCAGGCCGCCGUCCAAGAAGGCGGCUGAGGAUGACGAGGACAAGCCCGACGAGCUAGACCUGAUGAGCAAGGAACAUGAAGAGGGCGACGACGACCAAGAAGAUGAGGAGGGCGACGACGAUCCCGAAGAUGAAGACGAUGCUAACGAGGAGAACGAGUACACCGAGGAUGACGAGCAGCCACUGAAGCCGACGCUGAAGCGUGGGAAGCCAGCAGGGAAGGAGGCGGGUGAGCCUGCAACGAAGGCGGCCAAGGUGGUCAAGCCGAAGUUCGCUCUGAGGCCCAAGCCCGCCGCCUUCAAGAGCUCCGAGGCGAUCGCGCCCAAGGCGAAGGCAACGGCCAAGCCGAAGCGCAAGCCCACGCCCGCAACCGCCGAGAGCGAUGAGGACGAGAGCGCGGCCGACAUCGCGAAGGUGAUCGAGAACGUCCCGCCGGGCGACGUUGCAGCUGGCACAGGCCGCGCGUCGGUCGGCGCGGCCUCGUCCGACGUGAUCCCCGACAUGUGCACGGACAUCCGCACUUACAUCCGCAGCAUGCAGUUCAGUCCCCCUCGGCGCAGCCCAGCGCUCGAGAUGUCCGACGGCCCCCCGCCCAUGGCGUGCGCUGCCUGCGGCAGCGAGGAGCACUACACGUUCGACCCCGCGUGCUCCGUCCUUUCGAGACCGUGCGGGAAGAAUGGAGGCAUCCGCCCCGACGGGCGGCCCGUCGACCCCGUGGACCUCGGCGGCUCCACCGAUGAGGAGGACCAGGCCCCCACGAGCCAGAGCGUCGGCAUGUUCGCGGAGACGUUGCCCGGCAUGCCCGCAUUCGCACCCGUCGGAGCCGCGCCGAUCGAGGGGGGGGCGGCAGCGGCUCGCGACUUCAUCCAGCGCCGCUGCGCAGAGGUCGCGGCCGCGCGGGCCGCCGGGAGCGACAGUGCCGCUGAGGAGGUGAAGCCCGCUGAGGAGGUGACGCCCGCUGAAGAGGUGAAGCCGCCCGCCAGGAGCGGCGGUGGCGCCAGCGCCGCUGAGGAGGUGAAGCCCGCUGUGGAGGUGACGCCCGCUGAGGCAGACAUCGAGAACACGUUCGCACAGGCACUGGAUAAUCUCUCGUCGCUUGGUGAUGCCAGCGCCUGGGACCGCGGGAGGGCCGCAGUGUCGGCAUUGGCGAAGAUGCUGUCGCAGGUCAGGGAGGGUGACGACGCGGCUAGGUUGGCCGAGCUCGUGAUGAUCGCGCAGGGCGAGGUGGCCUGCAGGGAUGCCAAGCGCCACGAGGCAGCCGACGCAGCGGCAGGCAUGACAGUCCAGCCGCCCCAGAGGCUGCAGAUCCCUGUGCUGGCCCCAGUGGCGGGCGCGACCGCUCCCGCCAUGUCGGCGGCGCCCGUGGUCGCGCCGACGCCCCCGCAGCCCGCGGCCACCCCGACGCCGAAGCAGCACCUGGCGGCGCACGGCAUCAUCCCAGAGCCCGCGUCCUGGGCCGACGGCAGGAGGAGGCGCUGGAAGUCGGAGCUGCUGCAGUCGCCACCGAGUGAUGAUGAGGAGGAGACGCCGUGCCUGCCCCAGUUUCGAGCUGGAGCCGAGGCGGAGACCUCGUGCAAGCUGGGGCCAUGGCAUUCGACGUCAACGGAGGUCUACCCGCCCGCUCGCGGGCUCAAGGUGCCGCCGCCCGCCGCCCCCGUGUCCAGGGUCGAUCGGCUCCUCCAGCGGAUGUCCCCGAUCGAGGACACCACGGAGACCCCCUUCCCCGCGGUGUACGACGCUGCCAAGGACAACAUUCCCUCGCAGGUGGUGGACGGCAUCACGGCAGAUGACAUCGCCACGGCAUGCCGCUUCAAGGCCAGCCCCGUGGCCACUGCCGUGCCAGCCAGCUCGCUGCUGGGCAAGGUGCCACCCGCAGUCGGCGGUGGCGACGUCGCUGGUGGCAGCGCCCCAGCGGUGCUGGACGUCAAGGUGCCAAGCGGCGUCAUCUACAAGCAGGACGUGCUGGACGAGCUCAGCCGCGCGCAGCGCGCUAUUCAGAUGGGUGCUGACGCGCUGUGCGCGGAUGCGCUCCAGGACAAGCUGAAGAACUUCUACGGCCUCGGUGUGAUGAGCAACCUUCGGGCGCUCCAGCACGGCGACGCAGGUCCCGAUGGCCAUGGCGAUGCGUCUGCCGACGCCGCUGAGAAGCGGGCGAAGAAGAUGGCGGAGGAGGAGGAGAUGUGGGAGGAGCUGAAGCGCGGCAGUUUCAUGUUCCAGACGCGGGGCGAGAAGAUAUCGUCGAUGUGGAACCGCGCGCUGGCGGCCGACAGCAAACUCAAGGAGGACUACAAGAACACGCUCGGCCUCCCGAACAAGGCCAAGUUCAGGGCCGACUGGGGCGAGAAACGCUACAAGCAGUUCUGGGAGAGGCGCUCGAAGACGACGACGAACAGAAAGUCGGAGAAGCUGAGUGGGAAGUACCUGGCGCUGGCCAGGAUCGCCCACAAGGAGGGAGGGGGGAAGGACGGGCUCAAGGCGGCCACCACGUACGCGACGAAUUGUAUCAUCCUGGGCAAGCACUGGGUGAAGUGGGACUCAAUGACGAACACGCUCAAGUUCUACUACGUCGAGCACGAGAUCUCGGACGAGUACGUCACGGCCUGGACGGCGCAUGAGGAGUGGUGCAAUGCGCCGCAGCCUGUCCAGGACGCCCUCUGCCUCGAGGGCGGCGGCGCGGCAGGGCCAUCAGCGAUGACGGCUGACGGCAGCGACGGUGCAUCGACGCGCGGCGGUGCACUCGCCACGGCGAAAGCCAAGGCGAAGGGCAAGGCUGCUGCAGUCAUGAGGAGGCCCGCUGCAGCUCAUCGCGAUGAUGAGGCGGAUGAGGAGGCGGCGCUGGUUGACACGACGGCGCCCGAGGCAGGGGAGCUUGAGGAGGCGGGGGGCGCCUGUGAGGAGGCUGGUGAUGACGACGACGGCGAGCCCCCGCUCAAGCGAGAGAAGACGUCCCUCGACGUCGCGAUGGCCGACUUCAAGAAGGAGAAGUCGUUGUUCCGCGGGCUCAUGCAGCAGACCUCCACGACGUUGGACCUCAUCGAGUCGAACUCGGAGUGGGACUGGGCCAAGAACGAGCAGAACCGCGGGGCGCUGGAGAGUGCCCAGCAGACGGCGCAGACAGCGGUGAACAGCACUGCGGCCUUGAAGGAGCUCUUGGCCGUCAACGACUACGGUGACAUGAAGGCCCGCAUCGGCGCGAGCCAGCUGGAGGUGAACUUUCAGAAAGGGGCCACGGCGCUGAAGGAGCCGCUCAAGAACCUGCAGACGGCGGCGUCGAGGAUCCUGCGCAUGCACAAGCAGACGCUCGAGCAGAUCAAGAAGCAGACGAGCAAGGCGGGCAAGCGGCAGCGCCAGUCAGGCCCAGUGGACUCCUUGAUGCUGAACGCCUCGAACUCCGCCUGGCUCGUGGACCAGUGCAGGCAGCAGUUCAGGAUGGGCCAGUCGGUGACGGCCCAUCUUAGCGAGCCCGCGUCUCCCCCUGGCUCUGGGGAGCCGCCCAUGCAGUGCGACGCCGAGCUGGAGGCGGUGGUCAUCAAUGUCUGCAUCCCGCGCCUGCCCCGCGCCUUCGAGACACGGAUCAAGUUCACGGUGCCAGUCUGCAUCGAGUUCCGUCGCGACCCGACCAGCGACGGCGACGCCGACAUGGAGGACGCGGAGGCUGCCCAGCAAUGCUUCGACGCUGCCAGGGAGUGCGUGACCAGGCUGUCCGUCGGGGGCGCCACCAGGGAGCCAAUGGGGGAUCAGGGGGCGCCUGCGCCGCCGAAGCGCCCAGCAGACUCGGACGCUCCGCAGCCGCAGGUCGUCCGCCCGCCGAAGCACGCGAAGUUGCAGGCAGCCCUCGCCGAAGGUUGGCCACAAGUGAUCACCGCCCCAGCAGCAGCAGCCAACGAGGAUACCAUGCACAUCCGCCUGAAGGGUCAUGUUCCGAGUGGUGGCGCAUCGUCAUCAUCAUCGGGGGCGCGCGUGCCGCAGCCGCCCUCGCAUCCCCCGCCGUUCGUCGCGCCGCCCGAACCGCAGCUCGUGCCGCAGCGGCCCUCACAUCCUCAGCCGGGCGCUUCAUCGCACCCGUCGCCGCUCGUGCCGAAGCGCGUGGGGGUGCAGCCCGAGUCCGAGCCGCAGAUCGUGCAGAUGCAGCCUCAGCAGCCCGACCAUCCCCCGCCACGUGACACUGCGCCCGCGGCCGUGGAGACGCAGCAUCAGCAGCCCGACCAUCCCCUGCCAAGUGGUCAAGUGCCCGUGCCUGCGCCCAAGAAGAGCCCAACGGGCCGCGUCGGGGCGACGGCGAGGCGGUUGAUGCGCCCGCGUCGGAGCGACGGCGGCACCGCCGUCGCCCCUGAUGCGCCGAUCGCGCCAGCUUCGGGCGACGGCGCCGUCCCUCCUGAGGCUCCGAGCACGCUCACCUCGGCCAAGAAAGACGGGCCGCGGGCGAAGCGUUGGUACGCCGACCCGAAUUUCACCCGCGACUUGGACGCCUUCGAGCUCUGCUGCGGCCACGGCGGCAUCACCAAUAAGAUCAACGAGCUGGGGGGGCGAGCCCUCGGCAUGGACAGGAAGACGAGCCACGGGAGCGAGGACAUGUGCACGCUGCCUGGCAUGCUGAUGGCCACGCACGCCGUCUUGCGCAUCAAAGACGGCGGCGCCUUCUGGAACUCACCCGAGUGCAAGACUUGGCUGAACAUGUGCAUUGGACAUACCAGGAUGUGGGGAGCGGUGUUCGCCGAGAUGUCGUCGAAUUGGGGGCGCAGCAAGGCGAACCUCGAGGGCAACGAUUGCAGGAUCGACGUCGCGGAAGCCAACCACAUCGCGUACUUCCUGUCGGGCGCUCGGUCAUUCCUCUUGACGGUGGCGUGGGGCAGGGGGGUCUUCACUUGCACGGAGCAGCCGCAGGGGAGCAUGCUUAUAGAUUUCCUGAAGAGUCUGGCCCAGCACCCCGACCUCAAAAACUUCACGACCUACUUGGGGUGGUUCGGGGCCCCCUCCGUCAAGCCGCUCACCGCCAUGACGACCAUUCCGCGCUCGCAGGUGGGAUUCUACAUCGGCACGCCGGGCAGGAAGGCUAGCACCGCGAAGGUGAACGACGCUGCCGAUACGCGGCCGACUCCGCUGUACAAGGUGGAGAGGCGGGUUUCCACGAGGCCGCGGGCCAAAGGCUGGCGCUCUGAGUGGGUGACUGGCAACAAGAAGGAGCAGAAGGAAAGGAUGCUCGCGCAGGCUUUCGGGAGCGCGAGGCUGCAGCCCACGCAGGUGACAACCCUCUCGUCUCUCGUCGCAGCGCAACCCUGGUCCGAGGUUUCCAAGGGGAGGCUGUUGGAGAAGCUCGGCAGCAUCGUGGCUUCUGGCAGCGCCGUGGGUUUGCGAAUGGCUCAGCAGGAUUAUGAGUGCAUCUUCGGGUACCUGACAGCGGGCUCGUGGCACCAGUUGGCGCGGACCGACGUGCCCGAGGAAGCGAAGCUCAACGUGCUGGUUGAUGUUGCGAUUAGCUUAGGUCUUCGCAACCCGACCGAAGGCACGUAUCAGAUGUUGACGGCGAUGUGGCGCACGGCCGUGGGCGGAGCCGAGGCCGCGAAGAAUUUGGCGCGGGCUGCAAAGUACUCGUACCUCCAGCAGACCAAGCGCGUGUUCAAGCGCCAGGUUUCGAGGCUUCCUGCGCCCCCCGUUCGGCUGACCGAGCUGCCUACGUCCCCCUCGACGUUCUGCGAGAACCACCCUGACUUCUUCAAGCAAGUGUAUGGCGACGAGUUGCCAGCUGCAUGCCCCGCGCCAGAAGCCGCGAUUCGCUCCGUCCAGGCUACGCACCCAUGCCGCAACACAAAGCAGCAGGCCACGGGGGCGCAGGUGAUGAGCGCCUCGGCGUCGCAGCCCGACGUUUUGCAGAUGAUGCAGCUCAUGUUCGAUAACUUGCGGCGGGCGGACGUCGGCGCUCAGACGGGCCCUUUGAACCUCAAGAUCCUGGGAGGCGGCGCGAAACGUGCCGCAGCCUCGGCGUUCGCAGCCGUGGAGGAGGAUGUCGCCUCGGUCACCGAGGACAUCCUGCACGGACUCGUGGCCAAGGCCUCGGCGGCCGCGCCAGCGACAAUGGCCGACGACGCGGAGAGGUCACUGCAAUCGUUGCUGUCUUUGGGCGACCCCUUUGCGCAGUUCCAGGAUGGGGCCCAGGAGAGCGGGGGCGCUGGCGACGAAUCGCGCGUGAAUCCAAUCUCAAACUCAGAGCCCCGCAUGAGUCCCAUCUCAGACUCAGAGUCCGAGGGGCGGAGCGCCGCCGACAAAGGCAAAGGCUGCAAGGGCGGGUGGCGCGCCAGCGGCAAGGGCGAGCCCGACAGCGGCGGCGAAGCGGAGAACCCGAGGCGCAAGCAAGCGAGGAUGACCUUCUUGUGGAACACCCCGCAGGCUCUCAAGGACGAGGAGCGGCGUUGGAAGAAACGCGGUGGCACGUCCAGGGAGUUCUUCGAGGAGAAGUACGGCUACGGCGGCUGGGGCUGGCAAGCAGGCCACGUGCCGAAGCGGCCUUCGGACUGCAAGGGCAUGGGCGGCGGCAAGGGCGCCUCUUCCAGGAGCGGCAAAGGCCAGGGGCAGAGCAAGGGCGGCGCCUUCUCCGAGCGCAGCAAGGGCGGCAAGGACGGCAAGGGCAGCAAGGGCAGCGCCCCCGAAGGCACGCGGGCGCCGCGGGCGCAGGCCGCCUGGGACCCUCAUGACCUCGAGGCCGCGAGUUCCAGCGGGAGUGAAUGGCUGUGGCGCGGCUUUUGCCCUCGCGGCGAUUGCAAGAAAGCUGGUUCUUGCAUCUUCUCGGACCCUGACAGGGACAUCGUGAGGGAAAAGGUGGCGAACCACUUGUGGUGUUCUACCUACCACAACGAGGACAACGCCCUCGAGUGGGAGGCGGCGUUGCAGGAGGCAGACAAUGACGCGUUCAUUGUCUACGAGCUGGGCACGCAGAAGAGCAAGGAGCGCCCCGCGCCACCCGUGGAACCGCAGCCAGGGCGGGCCGUUCAACAGCGGUCUUCAGGACCAGUCGGCCAGUACAAGUCGAAGACAGUGGUGGCGCGAGACGUCACGGUGCGCAAGGGCGAGCUGCAGCAGGUCAUGGAUUGCCUUGACAGGUCUCUGACUGCGACGGAACACGCCGCGACCAUCGCACGCAGCGCAGCGAAGGCGUUCGAGGACAGCGCUGCUGCGAUCUCGGGCGCCAAGAAGACGCUCGAGAGCAUCUGCAUGCGCCACGUGGGUAUGGACGAGCCUGCGGCGCGCCUGCUGCAGCAGAUGUCGGCUGCCGCCCCGCCGCGCGUCUCCGCCCCGCCCAAGCACGUGGAGGUCAAGAAGCAGUGCUCGCUGUUCGAGUUCUCCGUCGUGGCUUCGGCGGCCCGCGCGGGGCAGCUAGACGACGUCAAACAGGAACCCCCCGAGGGGCCAGAGGAAACCCCCGAGGGAGAGCCAGUGACACUUGCCGAAGAGCUAGGGAUGGCCCCAGAGGGCGCCGCCGAAGUGGCCGCUCACGGCGCCAGCCGCGCAGGCAAGGCCAAGCGCCCUCCCAAGAAGGCCAGGGCAGCCAAGGCAGUGGCAGGCUGGCCAGCCGGCGCCGACGGCGACGGCGCCGACGCAGACGAGGCCGGGACUGGCGGAGACGACGGCGCCGAGGGCGCCGACUACGGCGUCAGCGGCGAGGACGGCGAGAAGGCCAAGAAAAAGAAGAAGGGGAAGAACAAGGGGAAGCGCUCCAAGACCGCCAAAAAGAAACGCAAGAAAUCGGCCGCGCCGAGGAGCUCGGAGGUCCCGACAGAACCCGCCGAGGUCCAGCCACCGUGCGCCGCUGCCCCUGAUCAGACGGCUAUCGACGCGGUGCCGCGCUUCGAUCGCAACCCCGUUUGCACCAAGUGCAAGAAGCCCGUGGAGCCGCUCGCAGCAAGGAUUGCAGGCAAGAAAAGGAAUGUUUGGCAGUGCUCAACGUGCAGUUCGCGGUACACUCAGCUCCACAGGAUUUUCGGAGGAUGGCCGCCGCAAUCCUUCAAGUCGCUUUCACAGGAAGAGAAAUAUACUUUUUGGAACGACGUCAAGGAGGCGAACGGGAAGGCAGAGGUCGAGAAGAUUGCGGUGGAAACGUUCACGAGGGUAUACCGCGAGAGCCGCGCCUCAGGCAGGCAGGGGAAAUACCUCCCACUCAGCGUCUACAAGAAGAAGGGCUACUCCGCAAAGAGGAUUAAGAGGCUGUGCAAAGACAAGAAAAAAGACGAUGUUCUCGGCGCGCUCUACUGCGUGAACAUUGAUUACAAGGACGACAAAAGCGUCGAGGAAGAGGUCCGCCAGUCCCUUACCGCCGCAAAGGAGCGCACCGCCAGCCCGCAGCAGCACCAAGGCAAGAACAAAGGCAAAGGCAAGGGAAAGGAGCAACUCGCGCCAACCUCAGCCACCAAGAAGAUGAUGAGCGACGCCGUCAAGAUCUUGGCCAAGGUGAGCCCGCUCGCUUUUAAGGCAAAAGGGUUGUUGAACAACCCCAAAGCAAGCAAGCUGCACAAGGACCACAGCAAGGCCCUGGCGUGGCACAUCAAGGACCUCGACGCUCUCGCGGCCGCGGCCCAGGAUACCCUGUCCAAGAACGCCGUGCUGUCCAUUCAGCUUGCGACGGUGAAGGAGAAGGCAGACGCGGCUGAGAAGAAGUGCGCGCAGGCGGAGACAGCGCUCAGCACUUUCGACGACUGGCGGGAGGGGGUGGUGCAGGGGGUUCACGGCGCGCCUGCUUGGCGCAUCCCGCUGAGGCCUGCCCGCUUGGUUCAACGGUUAGUCGAGGUGUCCCCAGCGCUGAAGCGCAUGUUCGCGGCCGCGCCUAUCACCCCAGCAAGGCCGUGGAACGUGAUCCUUGCGCACGACGAGGUCACGCCUGGAGCUGUGCUGCGACCGCAUAACCGCAGGAAGUUCGUUGCAUUUUACAUUUCGUUUCUAGAAUUCAAGCAUGCCCUUCGGCACGAUUGCUGUUGGUUCCCCCUGGGCGUGAUCAGGUCGGCACAAGUGGAGAAAAUUCGCGGUGGCCUCUCGGGCACGAUCAAGUCGUUGCUGCGUCGCUUGCUUCUUGAGGACGGCAAUCUCGUGGAUGGCGUGGCCUUGCCGCUACAGGGCGGGCCGACAAUGUUCUUCGCGAAAUUUGCCGUACACUUGGGAGACGAGGUCGCUUUGUCCAGGGGCCUCGGCGUGAAAGGAUCUGCAGGGAUCCGACCGUGUCUGAAGUGCGCCAACGUGCUCAAGAAAGGCUCAGGCAUUGCUGGCGUUGGCGCCGCGCCCAAUCGGUUGGUGGAAAUCACAUGCAGGGACCGCAGCGCAUUCAUUUGUAAUUCUGACGAGGCCAGGGAGAACGCAUCCAAGGAGCAUCGGCGAAGCAGCGCCUCAGAGUUGUUGUGCAUUUACCCGCUGGUGCGGCAUUUUGCUUGCAUUGUUAUCUUGCCGAAUUUCGAUGAGCUGCGCGACGAAGUUGCGUCCCUCUGCCAUUGUUUCGCUGUAAUUGACAAAAUUCAACGGGCGAAGGCGGGCGACAUCGAUGCCUCGGCCCUCGGAGCUGCAGUUGAUCGCCAUGCGGACGCACAUGAAAAAGCAUACGGGGCCGACAAUUGGAAACCCAAGUUUCAUUUGACGACGCACAUUCCCGAGCAAGUGGAGAAAUUCGACGUUGUGUUGGAUUGCUUCGCUGUUGAGAGGUCGCACCUUCUGCCGAAAAUGAUUCUGGACAACCAAGGUAUACUGAAAGGCUUCGAGAAAGCUGCAAUUUCUCGCGUGCUGUUGGCGCGCCUGCAGGAGCUCGAAAGUUUCGACGAGCGCCCAGGGCUCAGGGGGGGCGAUGCGGAGUUGUCGCCCCUGCUUGCUGAAGCAGUCGGCGGCGACGUCGUCCUUUCAUCCAGCGCUGCUUUCAAAGGCUUGCUUGUUUGGGCAGGCGACGUGGUGCGCAUGCAGAACAAUUUUCUGUGCGUCGCAGCACUGGGCCAACGGGGGGGCGAUCUAUUCAUUCUUGGGCACGAGUGCGUCGUGAUCGAGAAGCGGGCGCCGAACGCGUCAGUCUUGCGGAAGGACGGCGAAUUGCUUCUUGCGUGGUGGAGCGGCGAAUCGGUUGAGAUGUGCCACGCUUGGUCGGAGCUCGCCUCUGGCGCGGCUGUGCGCGCGGCAGGGCACGGGUGCCCAGACUGCGCUUGCCAGUGCCCGGCCUGCAACUGCGCUGUCACCUGCCCUGCGUGCCCCACCGUGCACUGCGGGCCGCACUAUUCGUACUGGUGGAUCGUGCUGCUCCUGUGCGCGGCCGCGGGCUUCGCGCUCGCCCAGCUGCCCGGCGCCUGGCGCUUAGGCCGCUCGAAGAGCACGCCGAGUGGCCGCGCUGGUGCCGCAUCGAGCGCGUGGGCGGCGAUCAGGGCGCCCGAGGACGCUGCCCAGGGACUGGAUCUGCAGCGAGAGGCUCAGGAGCAGUUGCGGCAGGGGGACUUCUACCUGGUGCGCUUUCAGGUGCCGGGGCCGCCUCUCUGGCAUGAACGGCUGCGCGUAUACCUGCCUCAGCGGGCCGGUGCGGUCUGCGCUUGCUAUACGCCAGACGGGGACAGCUACGAAGAGGACCUCGGGGCUGGUCGCGACGCCGCAGAGUGGUGCUUCCUGCCAGGCGCUGGUGCUCGCCUUUACCGCUUCCGCGCCAUCCCGCUGGCCGCGGAGUUGGGCCAGGCGCGUGACCGAGCUGCUCAGCGAGCUGGCGCCGUUGCGCCGGGGAUGCCGCUGGCGCCGAACAUGGUCGGUCGUGCUGGCGCGCCGCCUGCUGGGGUCGGCAUGCCAGGCGCGGCGCCCGCUGCCGCGGGUGCGGCCGCUGUGGCCGGGGGCGCCGCCGCUGCUGGGGCUCCUGGGGCCCUCGCGCCUGUGCCCGCGGGAGCUGGCGUCGGAGGCGGGCUUGGGGCACUCGCCGCGGUGCUGGGACCUGCUGGUGGCGUCGUGGCGCCCGGUGCUGGCCCUGGUGGCGCCCUGGCGGGGGCCGCCCCUGCGGCGCCGCUCGCUCCGGUCGCCCCCGUGGCGGGCGCCCUGGUGGCCGGCCUGGCGCCUGGUGGAGCUGGCGUGGUCUCCGACUUGAGGGUGCACCCCAUGGUGGGCACCAUGGCGAAGCGAC